UCAUUUUUUUUCACUCUUCAAAACGCACAACCCUUUUCUGUUUCAUCCACCGAAAGCCCCAAACCCUCUCAAACCCUAGCCAAGUGUUGACGAGAUGGCCUCGAAGCGGAUCAACAAGGAACUGAAGGACUUGCAGAAGGAUCCUCCUGCUUCUUGCAGUGCUGGCCCUGUCGCUGAUGACAUGUUCCAUUGGCAAGCUACAAUCAUGGGCCCAGCAGAUAGCCCAUUUGCUGGAGGCGUGUUUCUUGUGCAAAUUCACUUCCCUCCUGAUUAUCCUUUCAAACCACCCAAGGUUUCAUUCCGCACAAAGGUUUUCCACCCUAAUAUCAACAGUAAUGGUAGCAUUUGCCUUGACAUCCUCAAAGAGCAGUGGAGCCCUGCUCUCACAAUAUCCAAGGUGCUACUGUCCAUUUGCUCUCUGUUGACAGAUCCCAACCCAGAUGAUCCUCUUGUCCCUGAAAUUGCCCAUAUGUACAAGAGUGACAAAGUGAAGUAUGAGGCCACUGCUCGUUCAUGGACCCAGAAAUAUGCCAUGGGUUAAGGGAUGGCUAAGAUAUUUUAAAUUUUCUCUAUAGAAGUAGUAAAUAAUAAAUAGUCUUGAAUUGAUCUAAACAAAUGUGAUACUCUACUCCCCCUUUCUGCCAACUUGAACUUGAUCCGUGCAGUAUUUUGGAAAGGCAGAUUUGUGUUAUCUGAAGUUUGUUUAUGAACACAAUUGGCUAUUGGCUUAUAUAUUUACAUCUAUUUUGUCUA